UCAGGGGAAAUCAGCUGCAAACAUAAAAAAACCUCGAAAAGCAGAGGUCAACUUCCUUCCUAGCCUCCCAAAAGGAGCAACCACUGCAAGCCUGGAGGAAGAAAGAGUUGCCCUCUUGACCGAGGUGAAAAAGAAGAACAAUGAGGCUGUGAUCAAGGGCAAAAUGCAUCAGACCUUCUCCUACAGGCGACAGGAAGUGGUUCAGGACAUGCCAAUGGUAGCUGAAUUCCAAAACAGAUGGCCUGCCCUGUUUACAAUGAGCGAAGUAAGUUAAUGCAGAAUUCAUGCGGAUCACAACUAUGCCUCUACAAACCAAGUUCAUGGCACAACUUGACAGAUACUCAGCUGACCUAACCAAGCUCUUCAGCAAGAGAGGCGGGACUGCUGGAAAGAAGAUUAGACGCAUCAUGGAGAGGACGCCUCAGUGUGAUGACAUAAACUCCAGACGAGAACGUGUCCUAAGAAGCCUCUGUGUCUACCUCAAUGAGGAUGAUGAAACUCUCAUCAAGGAAUACAUGAACCGCAACUUGGAAGAAGCGGACAGGGAGUCGGCCACCAUGGGACUUCAUGUCGUUCGGAAAGAGGGUGCUGAUGCAGGGGAAGAGCCUGAGCAUGUCGGAGUGGUGAUCGAGGGUGUGGAGCUGCUGAGCAACCUGGGAAGCGUUUCUUUUGGAUUUUCCAUGCUUUUUGGACUGAUUUACUGUCUCAACAUGAGCUACCCACAAGGACUCAAAUUCACAUUUGAGUUCCUCCAGAAGGUGCUGAUGAACUUGGAUGGCAACAAUCUUUCUCCUAAGGUUCAAGCACUUAAAAUUAAGAUGCUCCAGUAAACUCACUUAUAGGUCUGAAGGCCUCAUGUUUUGUUUUACAUUUUAUUUUAGAUCUUAAAGAGGAUUGUCUUUUUCUCUCUCCCCACUUAAGGAACCAAAACAAACUUUAAUUUGUAUUGACAUUUGCUCAUUAACAAUAUUAUUUGUGUUAGAUAGUGGUAUAUUCAGACAAAUCUUGUUCAUGGGUCAAGAUCAUUCCCUUUCACUGAUGCCUGGUGCUAAUGUUCGGUGGUCAAUAUUAUUCCCUCACUGAGGCCUGCCAUUUAUUCCAGAAGCUUUCAAAUUGUGUUCAUUUAAGUGGUAUGGCGAGGCAAAAAAAACCUGAAGAGUUGUGAUGUUAAUAAAUGUUUAAUAAAUAAAUGUUUGACUUUAA